UAAAAUAUAUUUUGGUGUAUGCAAAGAAGGUAUUACCAGGCAUGUUAGAAAAAUCCUGGUUAUUAAUAUUCAGGAUUAAUUGAAAUAUGGCUAUUAAUAUGGAUCUUAGUCAUGCGCACGAGAACAACUAAAAAUAACCUAUAAACCGACACGUCCUCGCCACGAAUCAUGAGAACGUCAUUUGUAAGUUGUGCUUGGAUCGAGUGUAUCGUCUGCUAAACGAAUAUCUGCAUUGUAUCAGAGUAUCAGAGUUAUUCAAAAGAACAGAGAGAUAUUUUAAAGAUGGGUGCAAGAUCUUCAAAACAUAGUGCAGCAAGGUAUGUUGAAAAGGACCCAGACAAGUGCCUUUGUCAAUCAGAAUUUGAAAAUCAGGAUGAUGAGUGGGAUGAGUGGAUUAAGUCAAUAUACGAUGCUGUUUGGACCUACAGUACGAAAAAUAGAGGUUCUCAUAAUCUAAAAUUGAUUAAGAGAGAAAAUAAAAUUAAACUUUUUACUGAACAUUAUAAAUUAGAUUUGGAAAGGAAGCUAAGCAAAAAAAAAGUGGUAAAAAACAAAUGUUUUGGCACCUGCAAACAAACAUUAAAAUCUGGCGUUCAUGAAACACAACAAAUUGAAACAGUUACAUUGGAGGAAAGAAAUUGUCAAGACUGUGCAAGUGAUGUUGGAAACUGGUUUGACGAGCGGAUAGAGCUAUUAUACGAUGCUGUUUGGACCUACAUUACGAAAAAUAGAGGUUCUCAUAAUCUAAAAUUGAUUAAGAGAGAAAAUGAAAUUAAACUUUCUACUGAACAUUAUAAAUUAGAUUUGAAAAGGAAGCUAAGCAAAAAAAAAGUGGUUAAAAACAAAUGUUUUGGCACCUGCAAACAAACAUUAAAAUCUGGCAUUCAAGAAACACAACAAAUUGAAACAGUUACAUUGGAAGAAAGAAAUUUUCAAGACUUUGCAAGUGAUGUUGGAAAAUGGUUUGAUUCUGGACAUUUUGAAAAAAAUCCUGAUGUUAAGCAACAGAUAAGAAAAAAUUCUCAAAGUUUUGACAGAGAUUCAUCGUCUGCAUUCGAAAAAUCAUACAGUGAUACUAUGAGUAAAGAAAGAUGGCAAUUUUCUCAACUAUCCAGUGAAACAAACGAACAAAAGACAGACAAUUUUGCUAAGAAAUCAGACAUUAUCAAUAGUCAUACAGAUUUGGAUACAAAAUCUACAGAGAAUAUUUGUGAACUGACAUGUCGUUUUGAGGGAUUUCAGAACCUUUCAGAACAACAUGAUACUACCCCUAACACAAACAACUCAUCAGGUAAAGAUUUCUGUGGUGAUGAAGUUUUCUCUUCUAGUGCACAUGCUAUCAUUGAUACCACUUUUAUAAACAAAGAAAAUGGUGACGAAAUUAACGAGACAAAAGCAGCGAUAUCGUCUAAGGACACAUUGGUUAGCAAUAAAACAGUGGAGCUGCACAUAGAGAAUUCUUAUUUGCAUACACAAUAUCAAACUAGAAACCUUCAAAGCUCUGCACUCCAAUUGGAAAAAUUAAUGACUUUGAUUGACCUAUUUGCGAACAAAACAGAAGUUCAGCAGAUUAGUGAUACAAUUUCCAAACAAGAAGCAGAUGAAACAUAUGGAAAAGCUCCAAGCCUUAAAAGAUGUGACUUUGAUUCAUUGCUUAUUGAAGAAACAAGUGUACUAAAAGAUCCUAAUGUUUGUGAAGAUGAAACUUUAUAUAAAUGUCCUGUGGAUGAAACUGUGAACAGAAGUGAAACAAGAAGUCAUCAUUUGCGCAGGCCAACUUUAUCUAGCCAAUCAUCUGGUUAUCCCAAUGCAUCUAUAGAUAUGUCUGAUCAAAGUUUUGACUCGGACAUUUCAUUUGACAUGGCAUCAGAAAAUGCAGAAGCAGAGUUGAUGUUACUGAACGUGUUGCCACCUAUUUUGGAGAAUAUGUCAUCAAACAAAGCUCUACUAGAAGAAACAUAUUCUUACCCUUUGGAUAUUUUAAUAUGCAUUCUAUUGAUAGCAAAAUCUUUGAAAAGCUUCAGAAACCAAAGGGAGACUGGAUGUGAAAAUACGAUGGUAUGCCUUCCAAGAUAUUUUAAUGGAUUGAAAAUGAUAAUACCGCAGUGCAUGCUAACACAAUUAGAGCGUUGGUUACUUAAUUGCCAGGAAGAGUUCAAUCAGAAUAUAUUCAUACUGAUCAUCCAGACAACAGGGCUUACUUAUCCAGUAAUAUUCAUUGCCUUGGCUAACAUCAAUAUGUUCAGGAAGCUCACUUGCCUCUCAAUCCCAGAUUUGCAACUUAAAAUGGCGGAAUCAGUUGAAGAAGAUUCUGAACCCUCACAUCUGCUUCCCAAAAGAGAAAGUAUUCAAGUUAUACAUGCAGCUAGGAAUCAUUCAGAAAGAAAUGUAAAUGUUGUUUCUCAACUUACACAAUUUGAUUUUAAUGAAACUGGUUCCGUGCAUCAUAUGUUAAAUAUGCCAAGGAACAAGAUGUCUUUACAAAUGAAAUGGUUACUUAUAAACUGCUUUAUACAAUCCCCACGUGAAAUGUUGCCAACAGUUAGAGAUAUGAACAUUGCAGAAAGAAUUAAAGAUUGUGUAAUGCAGAAUGUAAUCUCAAAUCAACCCCACCCUGUGCAUCAUAUGUUGAAAGUGCCAAGGGAGACUGUGCCAAUACCAAUUGAACUUAUGGAACGGGUUUGCCUCUCAAUAAGGAUUUGUUCGUUGGAAGACUCUAAACUAAAAACGACCAUAGACAUUUUGGAAAAAUGGGAAUACUUAAAUGUGGCUAUCACAAAAUGUAGCCAAGCUGUACAUGACAUACAUGUACUGGUAGGAUCGACCCAGAUAUUUAACAUGAUGUUUGUAGAUAGUGUACAUGUACAAACGUCAUUGGCAUCUACCGCUUGUAAUAAAGUUAGUGAUCUAACUGGGAAAUUGGCAUUGAAUAUUGUGCAUUCAUUGAAUGAAUAUUGUUUUUCUUUUAAUUACUAUUCUAAACUACAUGUAUCUCAUACACGUACUAGACUUGCUGAUCGUGGACUUCAUGCUUAUAGACUAUUUAUAGAGCAUGAGCUGGAUAAUUUGUUGGAUACUAUUACAGCCAAUGUAGAUGCAUUUUGCCAAUCAAACACAGCAAACAUAGUAUUUGAAUUCAAUUGCACACGACAACACUGCAAUAGUACAUUGCCUGGAUGUUGCACACUACAACAGUGCAAUAGUCUGUUGCCUGAAUGUUGCACACUACAACACUGCGAUAGUCCAUUGCCUGGAUGUUGCACAUUACAACACAGCAAUCGUUCAUUGCCUGGAUGUUGCACCCUACAACACUGCAAUGGUCCAUUGCCUGGUUGUUGUGCACUACAACACUACAAUGGUCCAUUGCCUGGAUGUUGCGCACUACAACACUGCAAUGGUCCAAUGCCUGGAUGUCGUGCACUACAACACUGCAAUGGUCCAUUGCCUGGAUGUUGCGCACUACAACACUGCAAUUGUCCAUCGCCUGGAUGUGGUGCACUACAACACUGCAAUGGUCCAUUGCCUAGAUGUUGCACACUACAACACUGCAAUUGUCCAUUUCCUGGAUGUCGCACACUACAACACUGCAAUUGUCCAUUGCCUGGAUGUUGCAAACUACAACACUGCAAUGGUCAAUUGCAUGGAUGUCGCGCACUACAACACUGCAAUUGUCCAUUGCCUGGAUGUCGCACACUACAACACUGCAAUGGUCCAUUGCCUGGAUGUCAUGCACUACAACACUGCAAUUGUCCAUUGCCUGGAUGUUGCGCUCUACAACACUGCAAUCAUCCAUUGCCUGGAUGUUGCACAUUACAACACAGCAAUCGUUCAUUGCCUGGAUGUUGCGCGUCACAACACUGCAAUCGUCCAUUGCCUGGAUGUUGCACACUACAACACUGCAAUGGUCCAUUGCCUGGAUGUUGCAUACUACAACACUGCAAUCAUUCAUUGCCUGGAUGUUGUGCACUACAACACUGCAAUGGUCGAUUGCCUGGAUUUUGCGCACUACAACACUGCAAUCCUCCAUUGCCUGGAUGUUGCGUACUACAACACUGCAAUUGUCCGUUGCCUGGAGAUGGUCCUAUGCAGAUGAACUUUCACAAACCAUUACACAUGCGGACUGAAAAGGAAUGUGGGAAUGAUGCUUUUUCAGAAGGUGGGACCGCUACGCAGAUUGAACCCCAGAGUUUGGGACUGGUCACACAGGACACAGUUACCAACCUUACAAUUAGGCCAGGUGAAAUGGUUCACCUGAAUUGUAAGGUUUUCAAUAGUGUGGGUUUGAACCAGAAAAACAAACCACCUCUCACCCAUUGUACAAUGGAUUUAUGCGAUCCUGCUUUCCCUCAUGUUCCCAAUAGAGGAAAUGGGACGAUGACUUUUCACAUUACGGAAAACGAAACAUCAGUCUACAAAUGUACCAGUCAUGUAGGACGACAGAUAUUUAACAUAUUUGUUGUUGCAGACUGUGGCCCUCUUACAAUAAACAAUGGUGUUGUAACCUUCUCCAAUCGAGCUACAACAUUGAAUGAGACAGCCACCUACAGUUGUGACACUGGUUACCUUCUGAUUGGAGAAGCUGUACGUACAUGUGAGGCAUCUGGCAGUUGGAGCAUGUCUGCACCGACAUGUGUCAUACACGAUGAACAGUCAGCCAGCAACUGUGAUUCCAGUUUUGUAUCAAAAUAUGAUGACGUCACAAGGGGAGUAGGCUCAGAAACUAUAAGUGAUAAUGAAGGUCAUAUUCCAUCGGAAACAAAAGAUGCAUCGGAACUUGAUAGAGAUGUUAAUGCUUAUGAUGACUACAAAAAAGUUUCCUUGAAACAAAAAGACAACAUUUCUAUUAUUAAUAAAGACAAAACAAAAAUUAACAACAAUGGCACUUGUGUGAGGGGUGUGUGUACUUGCAUUCAUAAAGACAGUACUGAUUCUAAGAGUGCUAAUAGCAACCACUUUGAAAGCAAAUCUGUGAAAAGCAAAGAAGACAGUCUUCUUGAGGAAAUAUUAAGCAUUGAGGAGAUAAGCUGUACAUCACCAAUGCAUUUUGGUAUUGGUUUUGAUCAAUUAGAAACCACAUGUAAUGAAGGAAUUUAUGAGCAGCGUAAGGGUCUACCAAAACCUGUGCAAGAUGUACUAGUGUGCCACAGUGAUAGUAGAGAAACUGUUCAAGAUCAAAUGCAAAGCAUUUGCAAAUCAGAGACAAAUUUAGAACCCACAUUUAAAGUUGUUGCAGAUGAAGUUGAGUUAAGAAUAGAUCAUACCUCAGGAAUUGAUGAGUUAAGAAUAGGUCAUACAUGUACCUUUAUAAUUGGUGAGUUAAGAAUAGGUCAUACCUCAAUAAUUGAUGACAAUAGACCGGUUCUCAAUGAUCAUGAUACUUUGGAUGACAAUAAUGUGUGUUGUCAAGAAAAUAAAGAAACAUUUUCUCCUAAAUCUUCUAGCUCACCUUUAUUUAGAGAAAAUCCAUUGAAUGAAAGGAACAAGAAGAAAAAACGAAGAAAGAAAAGGCAGAAAGCAGGUACACUGUUUCACUCUCCUCUUAGUAUGCAUUCUGUAUGCAUGGUUUAUUCAACAGAUAGCUCUUUUGAGAGAAGUGUUGAUAAAAACUCAAAUAAACUGCACAAAACAGUGAAGCUUAAGUCUAAGAAAUUGCAUGUGAUAAGGCGGCAUAACUCUGACAAAGAUAUUAAAAAAGGUCACAGAAAUGUAAAUUGUGACCCUGAACAUAUUGUCAAAAAGAAAACAUUUAAAAUGGAUAAAACUAGGAUAAAAAAGCGGUGUGAUAUCCCCCAAACAAUGAUUGGCAGUGGGUCUAUGAGAAAGCCCAUGGGUGAUAAGUUAUCCAAACAAACUUUGAUUCGAAGGGAGCUUCAUAGUGACGAUUCUGGAAUAAUGACUCAAACAAGCACAGAUUCAGACUCAUGGAUUUCUUGGAGAACUAUUCUUAGGGCAUAUUGUGACGAAACACAACAACAAUUACAGCAAAUAGCAAAAGAUGUUGCUCAGAGAUUUUAUUUAGAUAAUGAUAAUCAGUUGCACCAAACUGUUAUUGUAAAUGGACUUAGGUCUUUCUUUAAUAGAGUGAACACUGGAGUACCAUUGACGCAUGAGGAAGAAUUACAGUUUGAAUGGCUGAGGUUCAUAACGUUCCACAAUUAUGAAGGUGAAGGAAAUGGCAUUGCACUAGCUAGAAAUGGUUUCUAUCAUGAUCACGAUCAAGGUCCUAAUGCCACUAGAUGCUUUGCAUGUGAUGCAAUGCGUGAAGAAUGGACAUUAUUAGAAAAUGUUGAAGAGACUCAUAGAAGAAUGUCCCCAAACUGCCCACUUCUCCGUAACAACAGUGGUGAGGGUACACGUAGAAAUAUAUCAAUUGCGGCAGACGAUGGACCCCAAAGAGCCGCCAGCACUGCCAAUGUGAAUGUACGAGAUGCCUCGGCCACUGGUGUAUCCCAGUCUCCCGCUGCAACCAGUGCCUCUCAACCUACCCCAUCCAGUUCCAUUUCUCAGCCAACCCCAUCUGGUUCCAUAUUCCCUCAUGGUCGCAGCCCGGCAAACUUCAACCACCCGCCAACACCUGAGACUAUUCGGCAGUUGGAUGCUGCCGCAGCUGCACGUAGAAAUGCAUCAACCUCUCAGAACCCUGUGUCUCCACUUACAGAACGCCUUGGCCAUGCACAGAUUACCGAGUCUGAAGAGGGCCCACGAAGCAUUCUGGCUCAGCCAACUGAAGACCCAGAGAACAGACAGGCUCACAUACACAGGGCUGGAUACAGUGAUCAGGAUCGCAGUGUAUCAGGCAUCAGGCCAUCAGACAUGUUUGGUGGAGGACCAGUCGGACAUGGAGCUUUUGCAGCCCAAAGUUUGCCUGUCACCACUCCCCAGCCAUCACAGCCCCUAAGAAGCUCCUCUGCCCCAUUGACCAAUCUCCCCUUGACAACCGAGACAGUCACAAGAAGUAGUUCCUCAGCAACCAUCGCCGGGUCAACUCAAACCACCACUACGCCACCUCAGCAGACUGCAGUAAUUCAGCCUAGCGAAACUGAACCUCGUAGAGCCAAUGUGGCUCUUCAACGCUCAUCAACGCCUCUGAAGACGGUCUCUGCAGUCUUGGAGCGAUCAUCCCAACCGCGAGGCCCGGAUGAUCCCAGACUGAACGUGGAUCUUACAACGGGUAUUUAUAUUGAGCGACCUCGACAUCCGGAGUACAAUAACCUUCAGACUAGAAUUGACACAUUCACAGAUUGGCCAGCCCAUCUAGAUCAGGACACAAGACAGUUGGCAGAACUGGGCUUUUUCCACGUUGGUGUCGCAGACUUUGUCAGGUGCUUUGCUUGUGGUGGAGGACUUCGCAACUGGGAAAGAGGUGACAAUCCACUGGUUGAACAUAUACGAUGGUUUCCCAACUGUGAAUACAUGCGCAAACUAAAAGGACAACACAUUAUUGACCUCGUUUUACGCCACGUCAGAGAACAGGAGGCGGCUGAAGGAGCAGCAGCAUCAAGAACUUCAGACCUGAAUACAACAGAUCCUCUCCAAAGUGAAUUGGGCCGCAGUCUGAUAGAUAUGGGAUUCACAGAAGAUCAAGUGAAGGACGGUAUAACAGGAGCUAGGCAGCGCCUUGGAAGAACAGAUGUCACAGCUAAUGAAGUUAUUGAUUGGUUGGAUGCAAAUAGACCCCCUGCAGCUGCUGAAACAAAAACACAGCUUAGAGCAGUUGUCAGGCAAGAGGAGAGACCAGUCCAGACUGGUGAAUCCACCACAACAACCACCUCCUCCUCAACCACCACCAGUAGCAGUAGCAGGAGUGGCACUACUCUGACAACCAGUCACAGUCAGGUCAACGUUGAGGUCGCUGUAGCUGGUGCCAACAUUACAGCAACGGCUACGACCGCCACUUCAAUGACUGCAGGUGGAAAUAAUGAUGAUGACGAGGAGUAUGAAACCCCACCUGAAGGAAACGCCUCGGGUCAAGCCAAAAAUGGAGGGAAGAAGAAAAAGAAGAGGAAAAGCAAAGGAGGUAAUGCUGCCAGCAAAAGUUCUAAUGAAGGGGCAACAACUCAACAAACUGAAAACCUAGACCCAGCUGCAAUUCAAAAAGAGAAUGAGCGUUUGAGGGACAUGCAGACCUGUAAGAUAUGUAUGGAGCGACCAGUCGACACCACACUACUCCCAUGUGGACAUCUGGUCACAUGUAAUGUUUGCGCACAGAGGCUUGCCAAGUGUCCAAUAUGUCGUAAGAAGAAGGAAGGGGCAGUAAGAACCUUCAUGUCCUGAUAGGGAUACAGUUUGUGAUCAAAGUGAUCUCAAUUAUUGAACGUAGCUUUGAGGAAGAUUCCAGUUGAAGAGGUUGCUCAUGAAAAUGCACCAGGCCGAGAGGAAAAAUGUCCUCACUUAUUGCUUAGAAGCCAAAGCAAUGCUGUCUCAAGAUUUUGGUGCCUGGGCCUUUUGCCUGUGGAAAUGAGAAGUCUUGGAGAUGGGAGUGAAUCUUAAUGCGAGUACAAGAAAAUGGGGUUGUAGUCAUGAAUUUCCCAUGUACAUUAGAUGUAUACAGCAGACGCACAAAGGAUAUGUGUGUCAAUCUAAGAACAUGUUGAUGCAGUUAUGUUACAGUGUAAAAGGCAAUUACAGUUGUGAAUAGAUCAAUUUGGCAAGCAACUGGUUUUGAUAAUUCAGCUACACUGGGCCAGAAAUGGCAGCAACGUUUACCAAUUUUGAGACAUGUUAGCUGUUUAUUAUACAAGGAAAGCCGCAUGGCAGAGCUAAUUUAGAUCAUGCUUUUUGUCACACAUGAUAGCGUCUAUGUACCAUAAUUGAGCUGUAAUGUAAGCUUUACAUUUAUUAGAAAGCUUGAGUACUGUAUUGGGUUGGUUGGAGGUAAUUCAUUAUUCCAGCAUAGAAUUUAUCGGUAAAAUGAGUGUAAUUGAUUAGAGUUUCCACUUGAUUCUCCACACAAAGAUAAUUACCAGUAAUUGUAUUUUAAUUGUCAUGAUACACUAGCAUUACUUGUAUAUAUAAAAUAUAUAUAUUAAGAAAUCAUAGAAAACUCAAUUAGCACCUUAAAUAUUGUAUCAUACAUCAUUGACUAUAACAAUGAUAUAGACUAUAAGUGCACAUUAUGUACCAUUGAUCCUUAAUAUUAUUUUACUACUUCAUAGGAGAUGAAUGAUACAGUAUUGUUUAUAAGUUGAAAAGAUUUAAGAUGAUUAGUUUACCCAGGCAUUAAACACCCAGUUAUGAGGCAAACUAGAGUGUAUGUUAAGAGGAGAGAAAAAUAGAAGAUAACAUGUAUAUAUAUAUAUAAAUUUGGAUCACAAGAAGCCUCUCCGAGUUGAUGGGGUUUCCAACAAGAUUUUGAAUCCAACUAGGGAUUAUAUUUAGCAGAUGUAUAUGUUAAAUGUAGGGUAUUUUGUGAAAUCUUUUUCUCUUUUCUAUUAAAUACACGAUUUGCGCACUUCUUUUUACUAAUAUACUCAGUAGUUGCACUUAGUUUUGUGUGUUCUGGUUAUGUGUUUAUAAAUACUGGUACAUGUUUGCACUAAAACCAAUACAUAAUAAUCACAAUGUAGUUUUAUCGUUAAAUUACCACUUGAAUUUAGUAACAAAAGUAUUCAAUUAAAUGUUACUUUUAAAGGGACUACAGAUGCGUAAAAUUUAUGUAUCUAAGUGGUAAAAGACUAUAUUAAAACCUAGUUAACUGUUGAAGGUAACUUUUUUGCCCACCUUCAUUUAACUUGCUAAGAAUGUUUGUUCUUUAUGAUAUUUCUAAUGAGUUUGAAAAAACGUGUUCUGUUCUGUUGAAAAAUAUGGAUGCCACAAGAUUUAUUAUUUUAACUUGUAAUUUGGGCUAAAGUGCAACCUUUUAACACAGGUUUAAGUUAAUUCUUUCUGGGGAUUGCAACCAUCAAACAAAUGCUAUGAUAGUGUGAUAUUACGGUUGUUUUGUGAUGAUUCUUAUUCUGUUGAUUUCUUCAGAAACAUGAACAACAACCCAAAUAUCUUAUAAUAUUGAAUUACUCUAAAUAAAUAUUGCAAUUGAUUGAGAUUUUUUCUCGAGAAAAUCACAUAGACUAGUAAUGCAUAAUUGACCUUUUGAGCCUUUUAUAGACACCCUUUUUUGCAGACGAUACAACCAGCUGCUGGCUGACUGAGUUAUCUCCCAUAUAUUUUUCAAAGGUUUAAUUAUGUAAAUAAACAUUCUGUGUUGUAUAUAUUUUCCAUUAUGUAAAAGUUGGUAAUGAUGUGUAUAUCUUAGUAUUGAGUUAUUGCAUGUUUUUUCUUUGUUGCUGUUGUUUUUCAUUUGCAUAACUAAGUAUUGACUUUAUCUGUGCUACUAUGUAUUUCUGAUGUUAACCCGAAAGCUACAAUUUGACUACUAUAUAAUUUUAUUGUUUGUGUUAUUGAUAUUGUGUUUAAUUAUUACAUGUUAAACAUUGUCCAGAAUCGAAGCAAAUGUAAUCAAUUUUUUUUCCUGUUUAUUUUUUUUAUUGAACAAAAAAAACCAGUAUCUAUACAAGGCCAACGUUUAUAUUGUCUUUUAUCAAUACCUGUCAAACAGAAUCCGGCAUAUCAUCAAAUAUAUUUGUAUUUUUAUUUCUCUGAGAUAAAAAAUAGUCUAAAUUUGUAUACACACUUUAUGUAUCAAUACUCAAAAACGCUCUAAAACUAGAAUAGACAUAUUACAGUGUCACCAUUAUAAUGAAUGUACAUACAUUUUGUAAUCCUGAGAUACACAUAUUGAUGUCUUGUAUAUAGGACCAUUUAUCUUGAACUGUUUGUACACUUUGUAUGCUUUAUAACUCACUUUUCUUGCCAUUUUGUUUAUUUGUUUUGUUUAUAUUUUUAUGUUUGCCAUGCUGUGUUUGUACCAUGACCUGUAUAUUGUUAGCCACUAGUCAAUUGAUAGGUUGUGAAAAAAAAGUAAUACAAAUGUGUCAGUGAUUUAUGUUUUGUACAGAGGGCAAAUUAUUACAUAACAUUUAUUAUAUUUAGUGAUUAUCUACAUGUACAUAUAUGUACAUAUAUUAAUUACUUAAUCUGUCUUGUACUUGUUUUGCCAUUUCAUUUACAUUUUAGAAUAUAGUGUUAUUAUCGUUGUAAGAUUAACUUACACUUUACAUGGCACUAUCUUAGUCAAUUCAACCAUCUAGACCAGAUAUAUACUUGUAUUGUUAUUUGAAUAUCGUACUUGCAUGUAUGUGCUUUCCAUGUUUUAUAAUACAUGUCUGGCGUAAAAUAAUCACUGUGUUAUUUUCCGAUAUGUAUCGCAUUAUUAUGUAAAAUUAUUGCACUAGUUUAAGUAUUGUUUUAUGUUAUUAUACAUGCACACCAAUAAACAAUUGGAUCAAAGA